UUCGGUCUUUGAGCCUAGACAUGAAAAUCAAACUCGCAGUCAUUCUUUUGAGUGUGGCUAUCUUCGUUGUGGUUGAGGGUGGAGAUGCCGGUGGCGGAGCAGAAGCAGGAUUCGGAAUGAAGAUGGGAGCGGGAAUGGGAGGCGGUGCAGGUGGUGGCGCUGGUGAUAGAGCUGGAGGAGGAGCCGGAAGUAAAGCAGGAUUCGGAGUUGGAUUUGGAUUUGGAGCGAAAGCUGGCGCUGGUGCUGGUGCCGGUGGCAGUGAUGAUACAAGGAAAUAGACUGUAAAAAUAAACAUGUAAAGAAAUUUUAUUAAAAUCAAAAUGGCAGAUUUUGAAAAUAAAGUUACUCAAACAUGAAAGAUCUGAAAUGUAAUUUGUACUCAAACAUGAAAGAUCUGAAAUGUAAUUUGUAAGUCCUACCGAAAAAAAUAUGCCGAAUUUUUCUUGAUGCAAAGAAUAUUACUCCUUUAGUAACAUGAUGUUUAUUUAAUUCUGUUUCUCUCAAUAAAAAAAGUG